AUGUCUGAAAUUAAAAAAUACUAUAUCUCUUAUAAUAACGUUCAUAAAUUAUGCCAAAAGGUAGCUAAAGAGAUUUUAACGAGAAACGAAAGACCAGAUAUUAUUAUUGGCAUCUCUGGAGGUGGGUUAAUCCCAGCUAGAGUUAUCAGAUCCUUUCUAAAACAAAAAGGGGAGAAAAAUAUUCCAAUCCAAGCUAUUGGAUUAUCAUUGUAUGAAAGUAUGGGAAAUAUGAAUGAAGGUAUGGAAAGAAUUGGUAAAGAAGUUGUUAGAACCCAAUGGCUAGACUUUGGUGCGCUUAAAGAACACUUUGAUUCAUUAAUAGGUAAGAAAGUUCUUAUUGUUGACGAAGUAGACGAUACAAGAACAACCUUACAUUAUGCUGUCAAUGAAUUACAAAAAGAAGUUGAACAACAGCAACAACUAUUGAAUAGAUUGAAUGAACCAACAACAUUUUCUGUCUUUGUUAUUCAUAAUAAGGACAAACAAAAAAAUGCUGAGUUACCUAAUGAAAUGUUGGAAAGUGGACGUUACUAUGCAGCAGAAACAGUUCCAGAUGAAUGGUUAGUAUACCCAUGGGAUGCUGAUGACAUUGAUGACCAUACCAGAUUAGCCAAGUUACAAGGCCACGACUAA